AUAUUUGUGUGUGUAUGUAUUUCCUGAUGUGUUGUCAAAGCACCAGUAUUUCUGUUGGUAGCUCCGCAUGAGCUUUGCAAAUUGUGAGGGUCCCAGUGACUCCCAGGCAGCUUUGGCAAAAUCCUGUCUUGAGUAACAAAGGGUUAUUAGUAUUUUGUGAUACACUAUUACAUAUUUUACCCUUUUCCCGAUAUCUUAUAAAGAGAAUCUAAACUACUUUAUGAAGGCACCAUUUGGUGCUGUACUGCAGAACUACAUCCCCAGCCCUUUUAUUUUAUUUUAUUUAUUUUGAGACAAGGCUGAGUUGCUUAGAGUUUCGCUAGAUUGCUGAGGCAUUUGCUGAGUUGCUGAGGCCCCCAACUUGGCAGUCCUCCUGCCUCAGCCUCCUUAUUAUAGGCAUGCACCACCUGCCUGACUGUGGAUCCUGUUAACUGUGAAGUAAACAUUAGCAAAAGAAUCACUUCGUGGAUCAGACUGUUGGAUAAAUUUUCCUAUAAAAUAUAUUUUUGCCAUCAUGGAUCGGUUUGAAGAUAUAUCAGAAGGUGAAGUAGACCAUUCUUUCUUUGACAGUGAUUUUGAAGAAGCAGCAAAGAAAUGUGAAAGUAACUUAGUUGUGGACAAGCAAAAUUAUGAUCCUAAAGAGAGAAUAGAUAAGAGUACAGGAAAUAUAAACUUAAAAUUUGGAAUACAAACAAACAAAUGUUAUCUUACUGAGAAGGGAAAUGAAAGAAAAGCAAAACUUCUUUCAGACGAACAUCUUGUAAAGAAUGAUAUUUUGCAAACCAGUUCUUCAUUGACCACUUCUUCAGGAUCAAAAAAAUUGUAUGAUGCUGCAACAGGUUAUAAAAUACACUUGCCCAUUCCAAGUAGAAUUCCCAAAAUUGUAAAAGAAGGUGAAGAUGAUUACUAUACUGAUGGAGAAGAAAGCAGUGAUGAUGGGAAAAAACAUCAUGUAAAGUCUAGGUCAGCUAAAGCAUCUAAUAACUUCAAAAAAAGCAUGAGCAAAAAGUAUUCCAAAGUUAGUUCCUCUUCCUCUUCUUUGUCUUCCUCAUCUUCAAGUUCAGGUACAGACUGUUCAGAUGCAGAAUCAGAUAUCUGUAAAUCUCAUUCGCGUCCAUCAUCAAGGAAACCUAUAUCUGGUGUAACCCUCUUAUCACCAAAACAGAAAUAUAAGUCAAGAAUAAAAUCAGCAGGAACACAACCCUAUUCAAGUACUAAGCCAAAAAUUGAUGACUCCCCAGAGGAAUCUGAAGAUACUGUGACAGAUGUAACUCCUUUAUCAACUCCAGACAUUAGCCCUAUUCAGUCUUUUGAACUGGGUGCAUCAAAUGACCAAAAAAUAAAAGUUAAAAGGCAAGAAAAUGUGAGUCAAGAGGUAUAUGAAGAUGUUGAGGUUUUAAAAAAUGAUUCAAAACAUUUGAAAACAGCCAGGAAAGGGAAAGAAAAAUGUGGACCUAAUCUCACCCCAAAUUCACCAGAUUCUGAUUUAGAUCAUAGAUAUAAACAGAAAGUCUUACAUGACACAAUGGAUCUGAAUCAUCUCUUAAAAGCUUUUCUGCAGUUAGAUAAAAAGGUACCUCAAAAACAUCACUUUGAUCAGCCUUCAGUAGUACCUAGAAAAAACUACUCUUUCACAAGAGAAGAGGUACGAAAAAUUGAUCGGGAAAAUCAGAGGCUUUUGAAAGAACUGUCAAGGCAGGCUGAGAAGCCCGGAAGCAAAAGUGCAAUUCCCAGAAGAUCAAUUGGUCAUCCCCCUAAGUUAUAUCAUAGUGCUCUCAAUAGACAGAAGGAACAACAAAGGAUUGAAAGAGAAAAUUUGGCUUUAUUGAAAAGGCUUGAAGCUGUGAAGCCAACAGUUGGUAUGAAACGCUCAGAACAGCUGAUGGACUAUCAUCGUAAUAUGGGUUAUCUCAACGCUACACCACCUUCUAGACAAGUGAGAUCUGCACUUGGCCAAUACAGCCCAUUAAGAGGAGCUUCUAGGACAUCCAGUACUACCAGUGGUCUCAGUUAUAAGACUGAGCGAUCAGCUUUUGACAUUUCCAGCAACCCGUUGCUAAGACCUAAGCCCCCUAAUGUCCGCACUGCUUGGUUAUAAAAACUCUUUUUUACUUUAAACAUUGUUCACCCAAUUUUUGACAUGAUUUUGUGUAUUACUAUAGUUCUUUGUAUGAAUAUCUGUUAUACUUUUUCAGCAAUUUAUGUUAUUUUGUGUUUUCCAGUGCAAAAUUGUUGUCAAAAAGAAAAUGUAAUGUAAAACCAGUGUUUGCCCUAAGUAUAUAUUAUAUGAAAUGUAUACGAAUUUAAUAGAGAAAUGCUAGGGUUACAUGUUCAGUAUAAAAAGUGAUUCAGUUGUCAUGCUGAUAAAACAGCAGUGAUAGUAUUGUUGCAUGUUGGACUGAAGAUGUUCGAUAUAUAGUUCUCAUUUUAUUUUCAUUUCUUGUACACUUUAAGCCAUGAGCUUGCCUCUUAUUAACUUAUUUUUCAAUUUGCUUUAGAACUUAUAUGGCAUAAGUCAUAACCUGACUGUAUAAGAGUUACAUUUUGUUAUGAAAUAUCCUAAAAUUUGUUUUCAUAGAUGGAACUGAUUUAGAUUUGACAAGCAGAUUGAGACACUUGUACUGAGGCAGUCCUUACAAUUCACCAGAGGUGCCUAGUACUUCUGUAUUAAGUGCACUGAGUUUUGUCUUCAAAGUUUGAUUAGCCAUUCCAUAAACCCUCUUACACUGAAUAUUAGAAAGUUCAACUUAGAAGCUCCUCUUUUAUGUUUUUAUACAUUCAAAUAAAGUACUACUAAUGAUUCUGACAAAGGCAGUGGACAUUAGAAUUACAAGUCUGCUGCCUUGUGACUGACUAGUUUUUUUACAGACCAGGUCAUUUGUGUCAUGAGCUAAAACAAGUAUUAAUUAGUUAGAUCAGUAAAAUAGCACCGCCAGUUUGAAGAGCCAAAAGGCAAUUCCCAAGGUAUGUCAGAAGAGUGUUUUAAGUGAUACUGUUAGCAUAUUGUGCAAUGAUUUAGUAUUAUUAAGGGAGAAGAUUUAGAAUAAGAAUGCUUUAGAAAUAUCAGCUAGUCUUUAUAGAAUAUGAAAAAGAAAACUAAAAUGUAAAUAAGAAGGAUAAUAAAUUGUACAUUUGUUGAGGUUACUGAUUUAAGUAUUACCAAAUUUUCUUGUUUGGGUUUGAUUUGGCUUAUUUGGUUGAAUCCCAGAAUUAUUUUUACCAGUCUUAAAAGCCUAGUUACUUUGAUAGAAUUGUUAGUUGCAGAGAGGGUAUAAUAUAGUUGACAUUUGAAAUUAGAAUAUUUUUCUGUCAAUCUAUAAGCUCUUAUUUCAUACAACAAAGUAUGAUAUUUUAUAGUUAACCACUGUUUUUCAUUACUGGCCUUUUCAGUAUAGCCUUAGAAUGUUUAGGAAAGUUUUCAUAUUAAAUAACAAAUCUUUUUUUAAUAUGAAUUUUCUUCAGCCACAGUAAGUUUUGUUUUUUUUUUUACUUUUCAGUGCUCAAGCUCUGUAGCAUGUAUGCUACAAUUUUCUUAGUACUUUUAGCAGUAAGGCAAAUAAUAUUUUACUGACCAUCAAUUCAUAAUUUCUUGGCCUUAGUUUAUAUUCACAGAUUUUGUUUAGAAUAGGGUAUACCUAGUAUGGGAACAGUGGAGUUAAAAAAUUCAUGAGAGUACAACCUGGAUAUGAGGGUUUUUGCUGCUUUCUUUUGUGUGCAAUGUUCUUCAACAUUAUUCCAUGCUUCGUUCAGAUGAACAAUUUUUUACACCUGCUAUCUAUAUAAGCUUUAGCUGUACUAAACCAAGGGAUUUUUUUGUUUGUUUUUUAACUUAUUGUACUUUUACUAUUUGUAGAAAAACUUACCUUUAAGGAGACAGAAUACUGAAUUUAAAACUCAGCAUUUGAACAUUUGUCCAAAGAUGGUAUGUGCAUGCGCGCACGCACGUGUGUGUGUAUAGUCCUUAAAAUUCACAAGAUUUCAUUGAUAUUUCAUAUAUAUACACACACACACAAACACACAAACAUCCUUUCCUGUUCAUAAUUACAUUAGGCUGAGUUUACUGAUAUGGACUCUGCUCCCAAUUGUCAGGAUACAACACAUAGUUUCAUAGAUAAAGCUGUUCUUUGAUUUUAGAUAUUAAAUUAAUCACUUUAGUUUUUAUUCCUUUGAAACAGGAAGUUUAAGUAUUACUAAUAACAGGGAUUUGACUUAAAAGUUGGGAAGAGCAGCAAUCUUAAACACAAUUUAUAAUUUUGUUGUCAUGGUUGCAUAUAUAUGAUGAAUUGGAAUAGAUGAAUAGGAAUUGGAAAUGUGAUAUUCUCUGAUUUAUAUCCCAGACUUUCAAGUUUUUAGGGCUGAAGGGGUAUUUUUAAUGAAGGAAUCAGAAUCAUAAGUACAUUAGUCUCUUCAUUUUUAAGAACAUAAAAGAUGAUCAAGCACUGUUUUUUGUAUUUGGUUGACUUGUUCUUGAUAUACAUACUUUGAAGAUUUAGACUUAACAUCUAUAACUAGAAAGUAUACUAAUCCAAAGUCUAGUUAUUAGACCAGAUUCUUAUUGCAAAUUAUUUUCAAUCUCUGUUAAAUAUUAAGCUAAUGUUACCUCCUUUUAAAUGAGAUCCUAUGAAAGAUUUUGAACUAUUAAAAUUAUUUGUUAAGGGUAGCUAUUAUCUCAUACUUUUCUACUUCCAUUUUACAAUCUCCAUUAAAACCUAAUUUUUUUGUCUUCUACUCUAAAUAAAGUUUUCUGGUUUGCUUAUAAAUGUUGUGUUAUACAAUUGUUUCAGUGUGUUAACUCAUUAACCCAAGUGUCCAAAACAUAUAAUCUGCACAGAUAAUCUGUGAUAUUGAUUGCUUCUCAUCCUCAGAUUCAAAUAUUGCAACUAUGAAAAGUAUUAACACCAAUAUAAAAUUGAAGAUGCAAGUUUAUUAUAUUUUAAUAAUUAAAUACUUUGAAAGUUUAAUAUCUUACAUGCCAAGGACUUAAAUGAUUGCAUAUCAUUUUAGAAAAUGUGCUUAAUGGUACCUAAAUAUUUCCAUAAAUACAGAUUAGUAAGUAAACUUAAAAGCCAAUAUCUUUUUAAAAUUUUCUAGUUCAUCGUAAUGUAUUUUAGGCAUAAAGAACUAUCUUGACAAGUGAAAAAGGCAAUAAAAGAAUUAAAAGUAAACUGA